CAUCGUAUGCCAUCGAUGGAGCCACAAUCUAAAAAUUGAAUUGAAUUGAAUAUCACGCUCAUAUCAAAACGAGUUCCCAAUGGCUUUUUUAUCACAUUUUCCACAUAAAGUAAUUGUUUCGAAACCAUAUAAAGUAAACAAAGCGUGAAAUUUACUCGGCACGUAUAAAUCAAAAACUUGGUCAAGCCAGUCCUCGUUUAAUGUUAAAAGUGAAUUAAAAAUGUUCACGGAACACAGAACAAUGCUGUGGAUAUCGAUCUGGGACUUACCGACGGAGAAGAAUUUGUUAAAAAAAUCGUUCGCGGAGACAAUGCUUUCGGUAUUGUUGGCACUCCUUCAGGCUGUCCUGGCCAGCAUGCCAUGGGACGGUUGGUCCUGGGCCGUACCUCAGGCGCCGAUCGAGUACUUCUUCAGAAGACAUCAAGACAUGCUGGUGAAGUCGCCCGAUCUGCAAUGCCAAUGUCCGCCUAGCAAAGAAUGCGUCGUUGAAUAUAAAAUCAACGAGGACAUGCCAGAUUUUCUAAAAAUUCAAGGUGUAUUAAACGAUGACAAACUUGAAGAACUAAAGAAGUAUAUUAAGGAUGCGCAAAGAAGUACAACAGAAGCACCAAAGAUAGGAAACAUAAGAAGUAGGAGGCAGAAUGAUGACCAGGAGUGCUGUUGUCCUCCCAGAAGCAUGUUGAUGCCUACGUUUAUUACUAAUAAGAAAUUUGACGAAGUAACAGAUCGGCUGAAGAAAAAACUGCUUUCGGAUAAAUAAAUAUUUUUUAUUCGUAUAAUAUUUUUACUACCUGAGGGAAUAAUUUUGCUGCCCUUGGUAGCGUAGUUGCAUCGUGGUUCGUACAACCAGCACUGUGAGGUCUUGGGUUCGAAUCCCAGGUCAGGAAAAUUGAUAUUGGUUUUUUCACUAUCAGCCUAGAAUCUGGACUUGUGCCCGAUAUAGCGAUAAGCUCGCCCUCUAUAUAUGUGUGUGUGUGUUUGUGGAAAAUUUUGGAUGAUUUGAAGAGAACCACGAAGUAGUUAAUAUUCGGUGUCUAAGGUGCAGACGAUCUAAUUUUGAUGCCGAUAAUGAUUAAAGUGCAUUAUAAUUAACAGUUGCUGUAUAAUUCGCAAUAAGUUAACAGCAUUUAUGCAGACCCUUAAGCAUAAAACAUGCAGAAAUGAAUUACAUCAAACCGGACAAAGAGUUAGCCGUACAAUCUUAUUAACAAACUAUCACUUUAAAUGCAAAAAAUGAUAAUCGAACAUCAAUAAUAUGUUCUUGGGUCCCAUAUCAUUCUUAUUAACGUCGGUUUAAUGUAACACC